AUGAUCCAAGUUGCAGUUAUCAAGUUCAUUCCUCGUUAUGUUCUGGCUUUGAUUCUGCUCCUCGUGGUCCUGCCGGGCGGGCAAUGCACACCUAUACCGCCCCACUCAGACGCUGCUUCUCUUAGCUACAGCUUCACUGUUGGCAAGUCAGGGUCUGGACCAUGGUGGCACGAAGUCCAAGGACAACUGAAUAAAAGGGUUUUUAUUUAUUGUGGCAUUACCCACAACUGCCAUGCCAUUGGUCUUCUGGGGAACAGACUGAGUGCCACAAAGAUCUGGGAAUCACAGGUUGACAUUCUGAAAGAUGGAGUUGACCUGCUCAAAGCAGAAAUGGUUCACAUAAAGUCAGAGACUAACACAAUGACAGGCACAGAGCCCCUCACUCUGCUGGCCACAAUGCAUUGUGGGCAUGAAGCAAAUGGAGAUUUCCGUGCAUUCUGGGACAUUGGCCUCAAUGGACGGAAAAUGUUGCAUUUUGACUCAAGCACUGGAAAAUUGGCUGAAGUUGAUUCUGAAUCCAGCCAGUUGAAAAGUAUGUUGGAGAAAGACAAGGAAAUAACUGACUUCUUAUACAGGACCUCACAGGGGGACUGCAGGUCCUGGCUUGAGGAGAUCAAGUCCCAUGAGGGAGAAAAGCUGGAGUCUACAGCCACCACAAUUGCUGCUCCAGAUGUGAACCAGCCUCCGUCCUUGGCAAGCAAGCCCAACAUAUCUGUCCUGCUGAUGAUCCUCACCUGCUCCCUCCUGUUUCCCUUAUUACAAUAUUUGUGACUGAGGGCAGUACUGGGAGUUGGGUAAGGGACAGAUGGUUGAGAAGUGAGCAAGCCAGAGUGAAUUCCUGCAGUCCUUCUCUUGUCUUUCAUCUAUAGCAUCUUAUUUAGAAAGGAGGCAAAAGAUCUGGUUCAUGUCACCUGCUAGCAACAUUUCAUGAAUGCUCAGCCUUGACAGGACAGGAAUCAUGUCACAGACCAGUGGGAAAUGAUGAGAGAACACAGCAGGUUCCUAGUCAGGAGGGUCCCAUGUGGAGACAGCAGGAGCACAAAAGAACAUGGUAGUUCCACUCAAUGUGUAGAGGGAAGAAGAUUCUAUCUCACAGACAAAGAUAAAGAAGAUAUAAACAAAGAGAUGGCCCUGUGGCAAGACCAUUUGC